CCUCACUCAUACAUUCUCUCCAGCCGCAAAAUCCGCUCCCAUGGCGCUCGCUCCGCUCGGCACCCAGGUGCGCCCAUACAGAGACUACCUGACGCCAGCUCUCCACCGGAGAUUCAACAGGGCCAGCAGAUACACGCUGCUGCUGUGCUAUGCGAUCGCGUGUUGGAUGGGCGAGUGGGACAACCCUCUACGGCUAUGCUUUCCCCUAGGCCUCACCGGCAUCCGGACCCUUCUGCUAUUCGUUUCGGCCCUCUCCAUCUACGUCCUUCGCGUGGCCCAAUGGCAUGUCGGCCGCCGCCAGACGCCCACCCAGGCACAGACAUUCACCAAGUACUUCUUCCGCCUGUCCACGGUCGUCACCCUCAUCGCAUACUCUUUUUCGGCUAUGAUGUUCGUCGAGACAUAUAUCUGGUCGCGGGGCCCAAAGGACAGACUCGCCUUUAUCGAGGCCGGACGCAUGCACGAGCGCUUCAGGCUGAAUGAGAGACCGCUCUACCUACGCUACCUGUUCUACCUCCUGGCAGCGGCGCAGUCGUGCGUGCACCUGUGGCAUGACUACGACAAGAUCGAGGUACCUGCAAUGAAACCCAAGAAGGAGCGCGGAGAUGCUGCGCCAGCACGGCGGUCACCCAAGCCCCGACACGUCCUCACGAAACAACUCAAGGGCAUGGCCACUCAGUCGAGCUCGCUGGCCGCAACUAUUGCCCUUGUUGGGGUGGGAGUGUACUUUGUUAUUGCGCGCAAUGUCAUCUGGGGCUACUACUACAGCUUUGGUCGCUAUCUGUGGAGUCUCUCCAAGACGUCAACACCCACAGGACUGGCGCCAUUCCUGCCUCUGUGCUUCAUGUUUGUCACCGAGGGAACGCUCCUUGUCGUACUCUGGGAGUUUGUCAACAAGACGUUUGACGUGUAUAUUGCGCAAGAGCCGCUGAAGAACGACCACCCCAUCACAAACGACUCAAAAGACCCCAAUGGCUCGCUCUUGAACGGCCUCAAAUCCAAGAAAGACACUGUCAAGGCAAUCGCCUUCUGGGAGCUUGCCCUCAUAACCGACGCCUUUGCCGACCGCCGCAAGACGAUUUACAGCGAGAUGGGGCGUAAAAAGGCGCCGACGCAUCAGCAGACGACAGACUUGUGUCUUGGAGAAGUCAAGUUUCUCAUUGAACGCGUUAGUCUUGGUCUCGACCCUGCAUACAACCCCGGCGCUACAGAUGGCAAAGAACAAGCUGCCGCACCUGUCAAAUUGGUACCGCGGAUUGCACAACCUCUAAAAGAUGACAAGCCAGUCACUGCCGCGCCACCCAAGCCAAACACUAGACUGGAGCACUUUGAAGCAGCGACGGCCAGCCUUGCAAAGUCGCACAGUGCUCCUGGUAAUGCGCAAAAAGCAUACAGCCGCGAGGCUCUGAACAAGGGCAUGAGCAAGGCACAAGAAGGGGCCAAAGAAGCAGAGUCGCUCUUUGCGACGUACUGCAACAAGUUUGUGUCGUCUUCGGUCGGGACAUUGUUCAGGCAAACGGUUCAACGCACAGCAACGAUUGUUGUCCUCGGAGCGCCAUACUCUCGGAUUUCACUCGUCUGCAAUGCGGUCACGGCUCUUGCAAACCUUUCCGUCUUCUCGCUCAGCGAAGACUCGCUCGGCCGCUUCCACGAAGGUGUGCCUGCCAUGGUGCGCGUAUUCACCACGGCACUCAACAAGAUUGACGAGUACAUGGAGACGGUCCCAAUCCACCCGAGUGACACGGAGACGCUCGCGAAACCAGAAGCAGAGAGGCGGAAGGUGGCGGAGGUGGAUGAAGUGAGGGAAUGCCUCCGCGAAGGACUGGAGCGCAUCCUGGGCAGCUUCAACGAGUACUUGAGCGGGAUGGGGCUCAGCAGGCUAGAGAUUAUGGAGGCGAAGAAGGCGGCGAGUGCCAAAAAGGCCCCUGAGAUGGUGCAGGCGGGCGCAAGGCAAUGAUGGCGUGUCUGAGCAUGGCGCAUAGUGUACCGAUAAAUGUAGAGUUUGAUAUACC